CACAAUGCAGAACAGUAACCUCAUAUUAUUAUAUUCACAAUACAGAGAUAAUGUUUCUAAAUUAACUUGACAAAUAUAUGAAAGACUCACAAAACUCUAUGCAGUCAAUAAGAAAAGCAUCAAUAUUCUAAGGUCCAAAAAUUCCACAAACCAAACAGACCACCAUGGAUGAACAACAACCAUUUCCUCCUCAUGUACUCAUCUUCCCCUUACCUUUACAAGGCCCGGUAAACUCCAUGGUCAAACUUGCUCAACUCAUAUGUUUUUCAGGCCUGCACGUCACUCUGCUCCUCACUGAAAACAUCCACAGUCGACUCGUUCUUCACACAAAUAUAAGUUCAAGAUUUGAUCAAUUUCCUGGUUUUCAAAUCAAGACGAUUUCGGAUGGACUUCCAGAAGAUCACCCUCGUGAGGGAAGCAAGUUUUUGGAGGUCUUUGACUCUUUGAAGUUAAAAACAAAGCCACUGUUUAAAGAUAUGUUGACUUCUGGUUUCUUCUGUUCUGAUGGGAAAAGAAGGCCAGUUAGUUGUAUUAUCGCUGAUGGAGUUUUGGGAUUUACUUGUGAUGUUGCUGAUGAAAUUGGUUUGCCGAUUUUCUGUGUUCGAACUAUUAGUCCGUGUUGUCUUUGGAUCUUCUUUUGCCUUCCUAAGCUCAUUGAAUCUGGAGAAUAUCCGUUCAAAGAUAAUGACUUGGAUGAACCAAUCAAGAGCGUACCCGGAACUGAAACUUUUCUCCGUCGACGUGAUCUACCGGGCUUUUGCCGCUCUGGCAAUCUGACAGACUCAAAUAUCCAACUCUACAAAACAGAAGGUCAAGAAAACUCACGUGCUUAUGGCCUAAUACUCAAUACAUUCGAAGAACUAGAUGGACAAAUUCUCAAUCAAAUGAGAACUAUUUGUCCAAAUAUCUACCCUAUUGGACCCCUCCAUGCAAAUCUGAAGAACAAACUAUCUGAACAAAAAACUUCAUUUGGUCAAUCUUCAAACAGUUUAUGGAAAGAAGACAGAAGCUGCAUUGAUUGGCUAAACAAUCAGCUAUCGAAAUCAGUAAUCUAUGUGAGCUUUGGGAGUAUUGCAACUUUGACGAAUGAUCAAUUAAUGGAGUUCUGGUACGGAUUGGUUAACAGUGGGCAAAGAUUUUUGUGGGUGAUUCGGCCGGAUUCUGUCGCCGGAGAUGACUGGAAAAACAAGAUUCCGGCGGACUUAGCAGAGGGUACGAAAGAAAGGGGAUAUAUUGUGGGGUGGGCCCCACAAGAGGAAGUACUGAGUCAUCCUGCUGUGGCCGGGUUUUGGACUCACUGUGGAUGGAAUUCGACUCUUGAAAGUGUAUAUGAAGGAAAACCUAUGAUUUGUUGGCCUUAUUUUAUGGACCAACAAGUGAAUAGUAGGUUUGUGGAAGCAGUUUGGGGACUUGGGCUUGAUAUGAAGGAUACAUGUGAUAGGGAAAUUGUAGAGAAAAUGGUGAAGGAUUUGAUGGUAGUGAGAAAAGAUGAGUUCUUUGAAAGAGCAAAUCAUAUGUCUAAAUUAGCUAAGGAUUGCUUGAGGGAAGGUGGAUCAUCUUAUUCUAAUUUUAAACGUCUUGUGAAGGAUAUUAAGACUUUUAAGUGAUAAGGUUUAAUCAUCAUCGAAAUAAUAAUUCGUCGUUCUUCAAAGAGAUAAAAUUAUGUAUCCCUUCAAGAUAGAGACUUCAGCUGUUGUUAGAAUCGUGAGGUGAGCCAAUAACAAAAGAGGAAGCUUAUUCUCUUUUGUUACUGACCUGCUCCCCUUGACUAGUAAUUUAGGUCCAACAUGACUCUUUUAAUCUUGCUUUAAAGGCCAGAAUGCUUUAGAAGUUGUGUUUAUAUGCACAUUCGACACAACCAUAGUUUGUGAUCUAGAUGAUAUUUGGUUUGUGAUUUGCGUUUGACGCAUUGUGUGCCAAUUAUAUAUUUUUCUACACAAGUUUAAACUUUA